UGGGCACUCAGAUGUGCUAAGAAGCAUGUCUAUGUGCUAGAAUAGUGCUGGCGAAAUGGAAUGAGAGGAAAAUUAAAAUCACGAUUUCCAAGUGUUUUUUCCCCUAUGUUGGCGUGUGAUGUCAUUCGAGCAUUAAAGGCGAGUUGUAUUUGAGUAUUUCGCGGCAGUUGAUGAUUGUCUGUGAAUUAGAGUUGGUGCUUAAUUCUUUUUUCGCUGUUGCGACGGAUAAAAAAAAAGUAGAAUUACAGGUGAAAGAAACAUUUUUGAGACGGUUAAUUUGUGUUGAAAAAUGGGAGGGAAUUAUUGGUUGUUUGUGGCGCUUUGGGGCAUUCUGGUGGUCCAUGGAGAAUGCUUUGUCAUACCAAAGGCGCACUUUGAAGUGCUGCAUCCCCAUGGACUGAGGGUCUCCAUACCGGAUGUGGCGGGAAUUCGAUUAUUUGGCUUUCAUGGCGCGCUCAAUGAAGCGAUUCGGGUUAAUCAGCAGGGGACAAUCAAUGGCGUUGUGAACGAAGCAAAGGACAGCAGGUGGACUUUCACUGACCCAAGGGUCAUCAUCAAAGGUGACGAUGUUAUUAAUUACUGGAUCUACGUCCAAUUCAAUAAUCUUGGAUAUCACAUGGAGGGUACACAAUUAGUCACGGAUGCAUCCAACGGUAGCAUAUAUAGCGAAUCUACCUCAACGGCCUCACCUGAAUGCGUUUGCUCUCCUUCAGUUCACAACCACUAUCACUAUCACUACUACAACUUCCCCGAAGGAAGCAAUCCCAGUGGAAAUGAUUCCCAGGAAAGUUCAAAGGAUGCAGCUUUUGAGGAAAAACUCUCAAAUCUUGAGCACGAACUCAAUCGGACACGAGAUGUUGCAUCUUACGUUGAUGCUCAAGUGUCUCCGUUGGAAAGGGAGCUUCGUACACUUCAGGAGAUGGUUAAUUACCUAAUUAACUCCAAGAAAAGAUCACAAAUAUCCCGAGAACUCCUUCUUCUGGGUCAUUUCCCCUCUGAUAUUCCCUUCCCCAUGGAUUUCCUCGAGGCACUUUUGCGCGAAAAACUCUCAAUUGACGAUAUCAGUGCGAAAAUUCGCAAUGUUCGCUACCCAUCUGAAGGAGAAAUAGUCUUCGAGGUGUCCUCAGUGGCUGAUAAGGUACUCCUUCUGCAGAAGGCAAAAGAGACAAAAUUGAUCGAGGCGGGGUACAUUCUUAUGAAUAACCCUUCUGAUCCAUAGAAAGAUUAUAUUUAAUAUCCUUGGGUGCUUUCUUAUCACAAAGGAAAUAGGGUCGAUUUCAGAGUGGUUGGCCACCCCCCAUCCCCCACAUCCCUCCGCCUACAAAAAACACGAAAUAGGAUGAAAUGCCAUUUUAAUCUUGAAAAGACAAAACGGGGAGGAAAUGAGGAGCCUCACGGGCAUGUUAAACAGACAUUAGGACAAAUUGCAAAGAGAACAUUCCAAAAGAAGUUUGGCAUAAACAGGGAGGGUGAAUAUUGAUUGGACUCGAAGAGACUCUUGCUUCUUUGUCAGCAUGCCGCCGUUAGGCUUUUUAUAUUGGGAUGGGGAAGUAUCUACUUUAUUUUUACAUUUUCUCCCAACAAUGAAUUUUUAACGAUAAAAUAUUGAAAUUGAUUUAAAAAAAAACAUUUUCUUUUGUUUGUGAAAUUUUUCCGCUUAAAUAGGAUAUUAAAAGAUUUUUAAUAAUUAUUUGUCCUUUCAUAUUUUUUUAAAAAUAAUUUUACUAAAAUUAUGUCAUAAAAUAACUGUGGAAAAAUUAUAAAAAAGUAAAAAGAAAAACAUCUAAUAAGCCAUAUUUUCUUAAGAUUUCAAAUUAUUCAUGUAUUUAACAAUCAUUUGUAUAACAUUUGUGCAUUUAAUAAGAAUAAAUAAUAUUGCAAAAAAUAGAAAA